GGCCCCGCCACCUCGGGGCUGACGGACUGACCGCCCUGACCGCCGGCUCCGGGAUGGGCGCACGGACGGUACUCUGAAGCCUCAGGAAGCUAGCCCAAUUAAAUGUGCAUGGCCCAUGAGAAAGGGAUAUAAGAAGCCAUGGCACUCCCUUUUCAAAAAGAGCUGGAGAAAUACAAGAACAUUGAUGAAGAUGAGCUUCUUGGAAAACUCUCAGAAGAGGAACUGAAGCAGUUGGAAAAUGUUCUGGAUGACCUAGAUCCUGAGAGUGCGAUGCUGCCAGCUGGAUUCCGACAGAAAGACCAGACACAGAAAGCAGCCACUGGCCCAUUUGACCGUGAGCAUCUCCUCAUGUACCUGGAGAAAGAGGCUUUGGAGCAGAAAGACAGGGAGGACUUUGUGCCUUUCACUGGAGAAAAAAAAGGGAGAGUCUUUAUACCCAAAGAAAAGCCGGUAGAAACUCGUAAAGAAGAAAAGGUGACCCUUGACCCAGAACUGGAAGAAGCUUUGGCCAGCGCCUCUGACACUGAACUCUACGAUCUUGCAGCUGUCCUCGGAGUACACAAUUUACUUAACAAUCCAAAGUUUGAUGAAGAAACAUCCAACAAUAAAGGCGGCAAAGGGCCUGUAAGAAAUGUGGUCAAAGGUGAGAAGGUCAAGCCAGUAUUUGAGGAACCACCUAACCCCACAAAUGUGGAAAUGAGUCUGCAGCAGAUGAAAGCCAAUGAUCCCAGCCUGCAGGAAGUCAACCUCAACAACAUUAAGAACAUUCCAAUUCCAACUCUGAAGGAAUUUGCAAAGGCUUUGGAGACUAAUACUCAUGUAAAAAAGUUCAGCCUGGCUGCAACCCGCAGCAAUGACCCUGUGGCCAUUGCUUUUGCAGAUAUGCUGAAAGUAAACAAGACCUUAAAAAGUCUAAACAUAGAAUCCAAUUUUAUCACUGGAACUGGGAUCCUGGCCCUGGUAGAUGCACUGAAAGAAAAUGACACCUUGACAGAGAUCAAGAUCGACAACCAGAGGCAGCAGUUGGGAACAGCUGUAGAGAUGGAAAUUGCCCAGAUGCUGGAGGAGAAUUCAAGAAUCCUCAAGUUUGGAUAUCAGUUUACCAAGCAAGGACCACGAACAAGGGUGGCAGCUGCCAUCACAAAGAAUAAUGACCUGGUUCGUAAGAAGAGAGUUGAAGGAGACCGAAGGUAAACUUCUCCAAGAAGAGGUGACAUCUCACCAUGUUGCAGCCAUUUAAAAACAAGCAAACAAAAACUUUCCUCCUUCCCCGUGGGGACCAUGUUAUCAAAGGUUGUUCAUUUCCGUUCGCCACACAACUAAUAAUUUAAUUGUUAUUCUUUUUUAGCACUACUUAUUUAUCUUGGAAUUUUUAAUAUAUAUAAUUGUUUUCUUUGCUCGUGGGCACCUCUGGCAACUUGACCUAUGGACUGAUGAAGAUCUUAGAGAGUGACAACAGUUGGAAAUGAUUUUAACCACUUUCAUAUUGGGCUUUCUUACAUAAACAUUUUUUUUAAUUACUGAAAGGUAUUUAGUAUAUAAUAUGUGUUUGUAACUGUGAUUAUGAUAGAGGCCUAUCUCUGUUUACAUGCAUAGCUUUGAGUUAGGCUAAAUAUAUCAGAAGUGUUCUGCUGACCACUUUAUAUUGCCAAUCUUUCACUGGAUAAGAAAAUGUGACCAACUUAGCACAAAUUCUCUCUUAAUUCCAGAAAAAAAAAAUCACUAAAUGCACAUACUCCCCUAAUUAAAGAUCAGUGGCAUAAUCUUUAUAAAGCACGACAGUGUUCUGACACUUUAACACAGCAUUAGCAAAUAAACAUAGAAUAUUUAUUAACCCACAAAAUGUAGCUUCAAUCCAGACUUGCAGGUAACAAAAUGAAUUAGCACACCUACCUUUAGUGAGUAUUCAGCAUUGAGUGUGUCGAUCCAACACGAUUCUAAUGAAUAAGUACUUACAAAACAGUUUUAAAGUUUUUCAGAUGUGAUAGGAUAUUUUUAAAUUUUUAAUAAGAGUACAUUCCUAAUACAACAAUAACAAUUGCAUGUCAGCAAGGUUAUCUGAUACAAAUUAGCGUGUUAGUUUGGCAUAUUUUAAAAGCAUUCAUUGCUUUUAUUCAAGAUCACAGGAUGAAAUAUGGACAUUCAGUUUAAUUAUAUAGAUUUUUGUCUGUGUGGCAUGAUCCAUCCAGAUAUUUGCAAACAUCAGGAAACAAUUUGAAUUAUUACUUAUCCAGAUGUGUUUCAUCUCCAAGACAAAGCCUGUGAAGGUACAGCUGAGAUGAUUGCCUUGUAGUAUGCACUAAUCUUUCAAUGUAACACUGUAACACUUCAUUGCUAAACUAAGGAAACAGUUAACUAUAGCCUUUGGCUC